AAUGGCUGGUAUUAACGAAGGACUUACAGAGGAAUUUGAAGAGAAACUGAUGAUGGAGCAGAAAGAAAGUAAUGACUAUAAAGAAUCGUCAUUCAGCGACCAGGAAAAGGAGGAUGCCAAGAAAAAUGAAGGAGACAUCGUUGAAGAUGAGGAAAUGGAAGCUUUACAGAAAAUAAUGCUUGCCCUACGGCGUGAACACGAACUUUUCAAAUCUUUCACGACAUUCCUUUUAGCAAAACUCGUUAAGAUCGACGCCAUCAAAUCAGAAGAAUCGCUUGACGUCGAAAUGAUCGACCAACUGGAAACCGAAAUAGCUCAUUUGGUAAUCGAAGUUGCGGAUCGAAUAGUCGAUGAUGAGCUUCUUCAGGAGGAAGAGUUCAAACUAUUCCGCGAGAAAAUAUUUACAAAAAUUCAAGAAUAUCCCCAAAAUGAAACUGCAUAG